AUGGCCUCCACCAAAAUGAGCACCUUGGAGCAUUUACGAACGUAUCGACAUGCGUAUCAGCUCACGGCCGCGGCUUGCAUGGGCUCCAUCUUCUACGGCUGGGAUAUUGGGCUCAUAGGAGGUGUCAUCGCCAUGGACAGCUUCAAGUCCUACUUCGGAGUCGACAAGCUGAGCUCAUCCGACAAAGCCAACCUGAACGGCAACAUCGUCAGUAUCUUGCAAGGAGGCUCAUUCUUUGGCGCCCUCGGUACUGGAUAUAUCGCAGGCCGCUUUGGGCGGAAACCUGCUCUCAUCGCAGCAGGUAUCAUCUACAUCAUCGGUUCCGUCAUCCAGAGCAUCGUCGGUCUUGGCUCGAGUGCCAGCACGGCACUGAGCGUUCUAUACUUCGGACGAUUCGUUGGAGGCUUUGGAGUAGGGAUGGUAUCAGCUCUUGUGCCCGCUUACGUGUCGGAGUCCGUUCCCAAGGCUAUUCGUGGCAGGUGCACAGGUUCUAUCCAGUUCUCCAACAACAUUGGCAUCAUGCUUUCAUUCUGGGUGAACUACUCUACUGUUCAGCGCGAUAUCGGAGAAUAUCAGUGGAGACUCCCUUUCAUUGUGCAACUCGUGCCUGGGGUGAUCUUCACCUUCGCUAUGCUGUUCCAGCCGGAGUCGCCUCGUUGGCUAGUCGAACACGGUCAGCGCGACCGUGCCGCGAAUUCGCUUGCUCGCGCUGCAGGCACCCGAGCAGAUGACCCCGCUGUUCAAUACACCCUGGCCGAGAUCGAUGAGGAGUUCACUGGCCGCUCGAAGAUCCCGUUGUGGCGGCAAUUCCAGCUCAUGGGCGAGAACCGCGUCACAGCCAUACGAUGCUUCAUACCGAGUUUGGUCAUGUUUUUCCAGCAGUGGACCGGAACCAAUGCAAUUAACUACUUCAGCCCGGAGAUCUUCGCAGGUCUUGGUCUCUCCUCCACGACUUCCACUCUCUUCGCCACAGGCAUCUACGGUGUCGUCAAGGUCGUCUCCGUAGGAACUGUGCUCGUACUCGCUGUCGAGAGAUUUGGACGCAAGAACUGCCUGUUCUAUGGUGGGCUCCUCCAGUCCGUUACAAUGCUCUGGAUCGGUGGCUUCAGUGCUGUUCACCCGGAAGCCACUAUCGUCCCUGCCUCCUAUGUCUCCCUCGUUGCCGUCUACCUGUAUGCUGUUGGGUACUGUAUCGGUUGGGGUCCCGUGCCUUGGGUCGUAGCCAGCGAAGUUGCACCUAACCACCUGCGUACGGCCGUGAUGGCUCUCGCCGUCGCCAUCAACUGGCUUUUCAGCUUCACCAUCAGUCGCAUAACACCGAUCCUCAUCGACAAAAUCGCUUAUGGGACCUUCCUCAUCUUUGGCCUAUGCUGCUUCAUCAUGUCGAUCUACACGUAUUUCCUCCUGCCAGAGACCAGUGGAUACGCUCUCGAAGAUAUUCGCUUCCUCUUCGAGGACCACAUGGUCGUUCGCUCCCUGCAAGACGCGCCAGGCGGUCGCGUCUUCCUUGGCGGAAAGCGUGCCCGACCCGUAGAGGAGCUUCGCGCCGAAACGGAGCCCGAGGUCAUGAGUGUGGAUGACAGUCGAAGUGACGCCAAGGUCUCUGUGCACCACGAGCAUCCAGGGCGUGGAGUCUCGUCUGUCUGA